GAAAAGGCAACAGAGUUAGGCAAGGAGCAGAUGAUGAAAGCUUCAUAGUCAUGAUAGAGCCUGGGUUAAUUUAUCCUGAUGGCAGCAGGGAACCCACUGACGUAGUCAGAGGUCUUCAGCAGGGGAGUGAGGGUCAGAUUCGUGUGUUAUAAAAGGUCACUAGCAGCAGGGGAUUAAAAGGGAGCCGUUCUGGACAAGGGAGACCACUGCUACCUGUCUCAGAGCCCAGGUGAGAGAAGGUGUUGCCUCCGCACUAACGCAGGAACGAAGAGACGAUUUUAGGAGACAUUAAAAAGCCCUGAAAGCACCGCAACCAGCAGCUGCUGAGCCAUGACCGAAGGGGAAGUCACCACGUUCACGGCCCUGACCGAGAGGUUCAAUCUGCCUCUGGAUAAUUACAAGAAGCCCAAACUUCUCUACUGCAGCAACGGGGGCUACUUCCUGAGGAUCCUCCCAGAUGGCACAGUGGAUGGGACAAGGGACAAGAGCGACCAGCACAUUCAGCUGCAGCUCAGUGCGGAAAGCGUGGGGGAGGUGUAUAUAAAGAGCACCCAGAGCGGCCGGUACUUGGCCAUGGACUCCGAAGGGCUUUUGCACGGCUCACAAACACCAAAUGAGGAAUGUUUAUUCCUGGAGAGGCUGGAGGAAAACCAUUACAACACCUACACGUCCAAGAAGCACGCAGAAAAGAAUUGGUUUGUCGGGCUCAAGAAGAAUGGAAGCUGCAAGCGUGGUCCUCAGACUCACUAUGGCCAGAAAGCAAUCUUGUUUCUCCCUCUGCCAGUCUCCUCUGAUUAGAGAAAUCUGUUCUGGGUGCUGACCACUCCAGAGGAGCCUGAGGGGUCCUCACUGGUUGACUCCAGAUUGUUCCCUUGACCAUUGGCUGCACUAACCCCUGGCCCCACAGAGUCUGAAUUUGUAAACAAUGAGCUUCUAAAAUGCCCAGUUCGUUUUCUUGCAGAGCCCUUUACCCCAGCACAGUUUGGAACAGAGGGGACCAAACAGCUUCUAGGGGCCAAUUGGCUGGCCAGUCUGGGUCUGGUUUGGAGGUCCAGUUGCCUCUGGGCACCUGCUGCGGGCUGAGUCUCUCAGUGUAAAGGUGGGGCCAAAGAAGUGUGUUCAGGGGGCUGCCGAGUGGGUCACUAGUAGCUGCACAUGAUUCCCUCUGCUGGGUAAGCCCUGCCUGCAAUUCCCCCAAA